AGAGUGUUUUAUUGAAUAUCGUAAGUAUAUAAAUCAGUGAUCAUUGAACAUUUUCAAAAUGGGAGGAAAAACAAGUAAAAGUCAAGAAUACGAGGAUGCUAUCCAGUAUUUUACGUUAAGUGAACUACAAGCAGCCAGAGACCUGUUUCGCAAAAUAAGCGGAAGUGAAAAAAGUAGUUACUCGGAGACUGAUUUCCAGAAAUUCACUGAGAAAACUUUAACGAAAGAUUUAUCUAAUAACCUAUUUAACGCCUGUUCGAACAUUAUAUUUGGACGAGAAGAAACCGUAAAUAUUGACGAAGAGGCCUUCGUCAUUUUCUUAUAUUAUGCAACAAAAGGAUCAGCAUCAGACAAAGCAAAAUUAUUCAGCCUAGCAUGUUCCAAAAGUAUAACAAAACAUUCUCUGGAAAAGAUAACAACGGAACUACUUCUUUCUUACGAAAAAUGUAUGGAACUACGAGGCGAUUAUACAAGUUGGACAUUCAAUUCCAAUUCAGACUAUAGAACUUUCAGCCGAUAUUUGUUGAGCAGCUUACAAGGCAACAAUCCAGAGUUACAUUUAAUUCUCUCUGAAGUUGAAGAUUGUCUACGACAUUCUCCAAUAUUAUUAAAAAUUUGUGAUUAUGUAUUUAAAACAGUCUUAAACUCGGAGAGUGAAGGACUCAGCGAUAUGGACUUAACACCUUCCGAACGUUUUCAAUUACCAUGUGCCAAUGAUGUUAAUUGGUCAAAAUUUAGAACACAAUUAACACUUUCAAGUUUAACUCUACUUAUGCAACAUUUACCUAUGAAUAUGACUAAAAGGUGGACAUUAUUAUUCAACAGUGAAGUUCACGGUCAAAGUUUUUCUACUUUUGUCAAAAAUGUUGUUGAUAAAGGCCCGUGUAUACUUAUAGUAAAAGAUACUCGUGGUCAUAUUUUUGGUGGCUAUACUUCAACAAACUUAAGCAUUGGACCUAGUUUUUUUGGUGAUGAUAGUAGUUUCCUGUUUACUCUCAGUCCUGAUUUUGCCAUAUACACUUCGUCUGGUUUCAACUCGCAUUUCGUUUACUUCAAUCAACACCAAGAAACGAUGCCCAACGGAUUCGGAAUGGGAGGCCAACUGAAAUAUUUCGGCUUGUGGUUAGAUUCAGAUUUUGGUAAAGGACAUAGCAAAGCCAAACCCUCGUCGACAACUUUUAAAAGUCCUCAAUUAUCAGCUGAAGAUGAAUUUGAAAUCGAUAUUCUAGAAGUUUGGAGUGUGAGUAAACCUAAGGUCUAUAAUAAUGGAAAUGAGAGUGACGAAGAAAUUAAACAAAGUAUUCUGGAUAAAGAUCCUGAAGCGAAAGCUAUGCUAUCUCUUCUUGAUAAGGGACCUGUUAGUGAAGGCUUAAGAGAACACGAUAUGACAGCCGACAUACCGGAAGAACACAGCAUUCCUUCAGUUAUGUAA